GUGACAUGGGAGUGGGAGCGGGGGCGUUCACAAGUAGAGCCGCUCCACUUUGAUUGGAGGAAGUACUACUACAUCAACAAAGAAAGAUGGCCGAAGUGAUAGAGCUGCAGAAACUCAAGCUUGCUGAACUGAGGCAGGAGUGCGAGGCCCGAGGUCUGGACACCAAGGGAAACAAAGGAGAGCUCAUUGCCCGACUGCAAGCCUAUCUGGAGGAGCACGAGGAAGAUGUGGAUGUUGACGACGUGCUGGCAGAGGAUACAGAGGACUUUCCUAAAGUUGAGAGUGCUAACGAUGUAAAAGACGAAAAGGAUCCCGAGCCUACUGAGUGCCAGCCACCUGCUGAUAAGAAAGUGGUGAAAAUAGCUCCUCCGUCAUCUUCCGGUGAAAGACUACUAAAGAGAGCUGAACGUUUCAACCUGCCGGCAACAGCAGAAAGCAAAAAGGCCAUACGUGCAGCAAGGUUUGGUGACUCCACAGAGAAUACCAGUCCCGCUCCAGGCGGCGUUGCCAACAGCAAAGCUACUGUGAACGUCGAUCAGCUGAAGAAGAGGGCAGAACGAUUUGGCAUGAACGUUUCAUCCGUUUCACAAAAGAUUGAAGAGGAUGAAAAGCUGAAAAAGAGGAAGGAGAGGUUUGGGGUCACAGCAGCUGCAGGUGUAGCUGUUUCAGCCGAUGUCGAGGCAAAGAAGAUGAAGCGGGCUGAAAGAUUUGGGAAGAGUGAAUAAUAGUUUAGAGCCUGUGUUUUUUUGUAAAGCAUUUUCGGCACAACAGAGAUCCCAUAAGAUGACAAAUGUCACUAAUGGGAUUCCUGUAACUCAAAAGUAUGAUUAAAUGCAAAGAGAAAUGGGUGA